CUUUUAUUGACCGAAAACAAAUUUUUGCUCAAAAAAGCUGUCCAGCAUUAUUUCUGGCUGUCUUUAUGUAUAUAUUGCAUCGCCCGCAUCGACGAUUAAUUUUGAAAAUGUUUCUGUAGAUGUAGGAUGCAGACACGGAAAGGCUCCGAUGUCUCGUUCAUUCAUUGUCAGCAAUUGAUAAACCAGUGACAUGUAAAACACACAGACGUUUUGACAAGGCAAUGAAAUAAAUCUGAAAACACUCUAAGUUUUAAAAUAAAGGUUUGGUUUGUUUUUUCAAAUAGGCCACGGAAGUCCUUUGACAACACAUUAUGUUGUAUUAAGAUUUAUGUUACUUGUGUACAUGUAUUUGUUUUUCAUAAUGUCAUAUGGAUGCAAUAGAAAUAGUUGUAAGGUCAUGUCUUGAACACACCUUGGUAAACCCGAACUAACAUAGUAUGUAACAUCGAGAAAAUUGCUGACAACAACAAUUGUAUUCGCCACAAUUGCCGCCAUAUUACCGCCUGCCUUAUGCGGUCAUUUAUGGGCAUUUAUUUCUUUAUUUUUAUUAGACACAUCUUUAGCCUCCGUUGAAACCCUUAGCUUUAUAGUCCGCGGCUGUUUAACAUAUUCCAAAUAUCAAACCGCAUCAUUGUUACCCAUAAAUGUUUUACAAUCGGAUUUCUUCGAUAUAAAAAUGCGUGUUGAUGCUCUAUAAUGGGUAAAUCAUUUAAAUUUCAUACCUAACGCGUGGUUCAUUAGUGGACCGACUUUUUCAGUGUUAACUUCAAAAGGUUAUACAAAGGAAAGCAUCUACAUAAUUUUGUAUCGUUUCAUAUUUUCGCAGUCCGAUCGGAUUCACCAUAGCAUUUUUCAAGAACCGUGAAAAUUUAAGAGCGCAUUAGACAAAUUCGCCCGUUGUAAAAUGCGAUUUGUAAACUCCGCCCACUUUACAUGGCAAACGCCGAUGGAAACCGAUGAUAACCGAUUAGCGAGCUCGGAUGAUGUCGAUCGGCGUGAUUGACAGCCCAGCGCCCGCCCCGUUAAAUAAUUAAAAUUCUCCAGCAUCAAAUUGAAUCAAUGAUGCCUGUGGCUACGAAUUCAUGGCAGGGAGGGGAUGAAUACAGCUUAUUUCAAGCGUUUAGUAGCGCACACGGUCACGUGAUUUCAUUUUAACCAACCGUACUCACGAAAUGUCACAGAUUUAAUAAAUCUAUUACCGUAAAACUCAUUUCUAUACGGUGUAAUUUAAAUUCUGGCAAUAUAUAAACCUGGUGGCCGUUAGAAGACGUAGGAAACAUAAUACGUCAAUGUCAGUCGACGAUAAGAGGCUGAGAAGUGAUCGCUAAUAAAUUAUGGCCACUUAUCGCUAUCAGUAAUUCUAGCGCUGAUUUUAUUAGGACUAAUUACCGUUUCAUAAACUUGUUACCACGGAUGAUAAUGCUAAUCACGUUUUAACACCGACUAUUGUCGUGAUAACUCAUUAUCAAGAACGGAAACUAGAUACUCGUAGACCUAUUAAUGCAUCUGAACACGGCGCAGUCGAAGAUCAAAGUGACUUCAAACAGACCGCUAGAGUUGCCGACAAGGAUGCUGAAUCCGGUGUUUCCAUAUCACCUCGCCGGUCUCGGGCUAAUGACCAGCUUUCCGAUUGAAGGCCAAGGACGAGUUAAUCAGCUAGGAGGCGUUUUCAUCAACGGGAGACCACUUCCGAACCACAUCCGGCUGAAGAUAGUCGAGCUCGCCGCCCAGGGCGUCCGUCCGUGCGUCAUCAGCCGGCAGCUGCGCGUCUCUCACGGCUGCGUUUCCAAGAUUCUCCAGCGCUACCAGGAGACAGGAAGCAUCCGCCCAGGAGUGAUCGGGGGCUCAAAACCGCGCGUCGCAACGCCGGAAGUGGAGCGAAAGAUAGAGCAAUAUAAGAAAGACAACCCGGGGAUUUUCAGCUGGGAAAUAAGAGAUCGGCUGCUCAAGGAAGGACUCUGCGACCGGAGCACGGUACCCAGCGUGAGCUCCAUCAGUCGCGUGCUGAGGGCCAAGUUCAACAUCAAGGACUCGGAUGGGGAUUCCGGUAGUGAGGGACUGGAGGACAGCGACGGCGAGCAUGGGGAGGCGCGAGGGAACAGUCACAACAUCGAGGGCAUCUUGGGGGAAUCGAAGCUGGACAAGCGCGACGAACCUGAAGAUGAACACUCCGAUUGUGAUUCGGAGCCCGGUCUUCAAUUGAAAAGAAAGCAACGCCGAAGCAGGACUACUUUUACAGCGGAACAAAUGGAAGAGCUGGAACGAGCCUUCGAACGCACACAUUAUCCCGAUAUUUAUACGCGAGAAGAAUUAGCGCAAAGAACGAAGCUGACCGAAGCGCGUGUCCAGGUAUGGUUUAGCAACCGACGUGCGCGCUGGCGGAAGCAGAUGGGAAGCAACCAAAUCAGUGCCCUUAACUCCAUCCUGCAGGUUCCCAGCGCCGGAAGUUCCAAUCCCUACAUGCUGCAUGAUGCCACCGGAUACACGUUUCCUGCAGCGCAAGAUGCAAUAUGGCAUCGAACACCAAUCUCGUCUGCUAUGACGCACACCAUGACGUCAUCAAGCCUGAAGCCGGAACACGGACAUGCGCAAUAUCAUAAUUUUAUGGACAAUUACUUUAGCCAUGCAAGCCAGAUGCACACUCUAGCCAGUCUUCAGUCUAGUCUGGCGCCCCCUAGCGACAGUUUCACACCUCAUCCUACGUGGGCGAACAGCGCCCCCUCGAACAAUCCGCAUCCUUUCAGCGCAUAUCCUUCCGCAAAUCAUAUGCAUCAUUUUAACGACGUCACGAAAAAUAGUCUGCAUUACAACCCGCAUUUAUCCGCAGUGACUGGCAUGGACCGCUAUGUAGCAGACGAGAGUUUAGUGGCACUGCGUCUCAAGUCACGUGAACAUUCGGCAGCCCUCGGACUAAUGUCUCACGCAGACAACGGUCGGGUCUCAGCCGGGUUCUGACGUCAUCAACUAUGCUGAUAACGUACGAAAACGCUUUCUGGUAUCUCAGAUGAACGAUAUAUUUCGCGACAGAGAAUACAAACAUAACAGUGUGUAAUAAGAUAAGAUUUGAACUGGCUAAUGGGAAUCUGAUACGAGUGUUCAGAAAAGUCCGAUCUUUGCCGAACGGUGUCUCCAAGAAAAGUAGGCGCAUGGUCAAAUGGUCGGUAUCAAGAUAAACUAGUUGUACGUGAUGGUCUGACUAAUAUUAACUUAUGAGUGUGAUUAAGGACUCAAUAAGUUUUCUGCGAAAA